UGUUGUGUGUGUUUCAAGGUUCCUUUAUUUUUUAUUUUUACGCUUUCUCUCUCUCUCUCUCUCUCUCUCUCUUUCCCCCAUUUACCAACCAACUAAAGGUACAUACCAUGGAUGACCUUAUCCAGCUGACGAACAAGCUGCAGACUGUGCUGGCAAGCAUCAGCUCCUAUGAAAGUCUUGACCUACCCCAGAUCGUUGUCGUCGGUUCUCAGUCUUCGGGCAAAUCGUCUGUCCUUGAAACCAUCGUUCAACGCGAUUUCCUACCGCGAGGCAGCGGCAUCGUCACUCGUCGACCACUUAUUCUACAACUCAUUACACAGCGUCAAAAGGAUGCCGAAGAAUAUGGUGAAUUCAUGCAUGCCAAGGAUAAGCGCUUUUUUGAUUUCGAUGAAAUCCGUCAAGAGAUUGAGCGAGAAACGAGUCGUCUAGCUGGUGGUAACAAAGGCAUUUCGCGCCAACCUAUUCACUUGCGCAUCUAUUCUCCCAAGGUGCUGACUCUGACGUUGGUUGAUUUGCCCGGUUUGACAAAGGUCCCUAUAGGUGACCAGCCGCAGGAUAUCGAGAAACAAAUUCGUACCUUGAUUAUGGAUUACAUCUCUAACCCAAACAGCAUCGUAUUGGCCGUAUCACCAGCGAAUAUGGACGUUGCCAACUCGGACAGUUUAAAACUUGCGCGACAAGUGGAUCCAGAAGGCAAACGGACGAUCGGUGUACUGACCAAAUUGGAUUUGAUGGAUGCUGGUACUAAUGCAUUGGAUGUUCUCAUGGGCCGAUCAUAUCCACUUCGUCUUGGUUUUGUGGGUGUGGUGAACCGAAGCCAACAGGAUAUCUUGACCAACAAGCCCAUGAGCGAAGCGGUCGAUGCAGAGGAUGACUUUUUUCGACAACAUCCGGCUUAUCGGAGUAUCGCCAGUCGUUGUGGCACCAAGUAUCUCAGCAAGCAAUUGAAUAAUAUUUUGUACACUCGGAUCAAGGAGAAGUUGCCCGAGUUACGAUCAAAACUCAGCUCGUUGGUGAGCCAGACCCAGCAGGAAUUAAAUCAAUAUGGCGAUCCAGCCUUUUCCAGUGGUGAUGUCCAUCGGGGCUCGUUGAUCCUCAAACUAUUGACCAAAUUUUCGAAUGAUUUUGUUGCAGCGAUUGAUGGUACCUCUUCGGAAAUGUCUACUAAGGAGUUAUGUGGAGGUGCCCGUAUUUAUUUUAUUUUCAACAAUGUUUUCGGCAGCGCAUUGGAUGCUAUUCCACCGUGUGCCAAUCUUUCCAACAACGACAUCCGUACUGCCAUCCGAAACUCGACAGGUCCCCGUCCAUCCUUGUUUGUGCCUGAACUUGCAUUUGACUUGCUUGUGCGGCCUCAGAUCAAACUUUUGGAAACACCCAGUUUGCGCUGUGUUGAACUGGUGUAUGAAGAGCUCAUGAAAAUCUGUCACAUUUCAGAAUAUAAGGAACUGCUGAGAUACCCACGACUGCAUACCAAGCUCGUCGAAGUCGUUUCUGAAUUAUUGCGCGAAAGAUUAAGCCCCACUUCAAACUAUGUCGAGAGCCUGAUUUCCAUCGAACGUGCAUACAUCAACACAAACCAUCCUGAUUUCCUAGGCGCAGCAGGUGCCAUGGCCAACCUGGAGAGCGAGUCCAAGAAGAAAAAGAGAGCAGUAGAAACCAAGAGACGGCACAUGCGUACAGAGUCGCCUGCGUCAAGUGUAGUGAGCGCUGGAAGUCGAGCAGACGAUGAACAUCAUCAGAAUCAUUUGCUGCUUAAUGGUGCUAACGGUGGACCCAAGGAGAAUGGAUACGCGCCGCCACCGCCGCCAGCUUCGUCGGGGAGCACCAGUGGCGAGAACAAGGAAUCAUUUUUAACCUACUUUUUCGGUGGAGCCAACAAGAACGAACGACCCGCACUGGGUCCACAAGAAAUGAUGAACAAUGCUUCGUUUACUUCGCCGCUCUCUGUUACGAGCAUGAUGGAAAAUGAACUAGAGCGAAAGUUCAGUGAACAGGUAUCGAUGCAACCCACCGAGGAACAAUUACAAGCAUCCGAUCGAGAAGAGAUUGAAAUCCAACUUAUCCGCACAUUGAUCACCAGCUACUUCAAUAUCGUACGAAAAAACAUCCAGGAUCUUGUGCCCAAAUCCAUCAUGCACUUGCUCGUCAAUCAUUCCCGAGAAUCAGUACAGAACCGUCUUGUUGCAUCACUGUACAAGGAAGAACUGUUCAAGGACUUGUUGCAGGAGGAUGAAGGUGUUGCUGCUGACAGAGAGAAAUGCAAGACCAUGUUGGAAGUAUACAAGCAAGCGUUUGAGAUUGUCAACAAUGCGCUCUAAAGACUGCACUACGUCGGAUAUUCCCACUUCUUUUUUCUUUUUGAAAAAAAGAGCAAUUGUUACUAUAAUCAUUAUUGUUAAUGUUAUUAGAUAUAGAUACGCGAACAAAAAAACAUCCUAAACCACACACGCGCCACCACUAUCACCUUGUCACACACACUCUCCACCUUAUCUCCUACUUUAAAACCGUAUGUACUUGAUCAUUCUUUUUUCUUUUUCUUCUUGUGCUACUAUAUAUUUAUGCAUCUAUAAAUAUCUAUGUUGUAGAAUACCCACAAUCACACACACACACACACAUUUGCACUUAUACAUCGUUCUCUCAAUAUCAUAUACAAAUACUCAGAAAGAAACACGCUCUCUUU